AUGCAGAGCGGCAUUUACUUUCGGAAGCAUGGCCUCAUCCUUGACGGGAAAGCGCAUGAACUUUAUGAGCGGGCACACAUCACCGUCCAGAAAGAGCUGGAGAGAAACCCAAAGGAACACGAAACGACUGCCCUAAUGACUUGCCUCAUCAACAGCAAUUGUUUCACCGGUCUGGAUAGUAAUUACACAUCCACUUCCGAGUAUUACGUGGAUUAUGCAAAGGGGGAGCAAGCCGACAUCGUUGUUAGAUACGGUCAAGGUGGAAAUUUCAACGCAAAAAUACUAUCAAGGCAAAAACUUCUGAUGAUCGGAGAGUGCAAGAGGACUAUGCGGAGUACAGGUUCUCAUUUACUGAAACUGGAGUGGCAAGCCUAUCGAUAUUGUCAGAUUUAUUUUCAAUCUAGUGAAGGUAGAGAAGUACAACACAUCUUCGCUGCUACAAUGGUAGGAGCCCACAUGCGGUUAUGGAGGUGCGAAAGGGACGACAGAUUUGACGCAGAGAGAGAAAAAGAGCCCGGAGAAUAUCGAGGUUAUUGGGCCGAGGUCGCAACAGGGCAACCAUUACUCAGGCCAGACGCCAAUUGGAGCAAAUACCGAGACGUCGGGCUGGAUAGAAACAACAACUAUUUCCAGCAGAGCUUUACAAUGAUCAAAAAUAAUCCACCGCAGGAGAUGACUACCGACGCUGAAUACUGGGGCGAGAACAUUUCAAAGAAGUACAUUGGAAGCCUAUAUGGGAAUCCUGGCUGCCUUACAUCCGAAUCACGCAAAGUCAGCGAAUUGAUAGAAGAUAUGGCAUCUUUCGGGGUAAACUCUGGAACGAAUCCUAGUCGAAAUCAAACUGGGGGAAGCUCUUCUCACACAGCUUCAACGGACACCCCGAGUCGCAGGCAGAGAGAUACGCCAAGGAACGCACUGUACCCACAACCCUCUCAACACCCAUCCAGAUCAACCGCUGCACCGAGCUCCAAUCGGGGCAGACCAACCACUUAUGAUCGACUAGAUGCACCAGGAAUGCACAGGAUGUCAAGCGCCCCAAGGUCUUCUUCCACUAAUCAUCAUCCCGAUGAGUACACUCCACAGCCAAUCCAACCAGCUUCUUCUAGAGCUCCAACGAGAUCUGGGCAAAGUGAUUAUCGGGAUGAAAGCAAUUUGAGACCUCCCAGACCAUCGGACCACAGGUCUAGUACUCUGAGUUCCAGCUCCAGCCGAGCACAAGAUCAAGGAAGAGCGCAUUCCGGAAUGCCACCGCCUCGACCAGAGCGAAGAUAUGAGAAUAUUCCAUCGCAGCAACCAGACCAGACAUACGGCGCUCCGAGCUCAAGCUCCAGCUCCAGCCGAAGACGACAUCAUGAAAGUGCUCGUUCUGCGUCGCCAGCUCCUCGGCAAGAGCCAAGAUACGAGAAUGACUCAUUUCAUCGUGCACCAAUCCAUGUUUUGGUCGAAGUUGGUAAAGCAGAAGUUUACUUUCACGAUGGGUCUCGUAGGCUCCAGACAGAUCGCGACGCCUGGAAGCAAAGCAGAAUUGAUGGCAAAUCUGUAAGGUUGUACGGAUCACGUUCUGGCCAGAGGUACUAUUAUAUAGCCGGUAGAGAUGACACGAGCAUUUGA